CCUGCCUUUCCAGAAAGCCACUCUGUGACCCACCUCUGCCUCCUGCAAGACCACGCCAGAGAGCCAGGUGCAAGAUGAGCAAGCCCACUGUCAGCUCAAGAUGCACCAGACCCUCUGACUGAAACCCGAGAGACCAAAAAUGUCUGCGUGCAGCGACUUUGUGGAGCACAUCUGGAAGCCCGGAUCCUGCAAGAACUGCUUCUGCCUGUGGAGUGACCACCAGCUGGCAGCUGGCUGUGCCCAACCCAGAGCAGGCAGUCUGCCCCCUCCACCACGUCUGCCCCCCAGGCCCGAGAACUGCCGCCUGGAAGAUGACAGUGUGAACAGCUCACCCUACUCCAAGCCCACAAUCGCUGUGAAGCCCACCAUGAUGAGCUCUGAGGCCUCUGAUGUGUGGACUGAGGCCAGCCUGAGCGCUGAAGUCUCACAGGUCAUCUGGAGACGACCCUCUGGCAAACUCUCCCUUCCCAAGCAGGAAGACGUGCCCAUCGUCUAUGUGGGCAGCUUCCGAGGUGUACAGAAGCCUGCUGGGCCCUCUGUCUCCCCUGACAGCAACUCCCGCUGCUCCCCUCCUGCUUACACCAUGGUCGGCCUGCACAACCUCGAAGCCCGGGGGGAGAGGAACAUCACCUUUCAUCCAGUGAGCUUCCCGGACGAGAAGGUUGGGCGCGAAGAUAAACCCUCAUUUCCCCACCCAGUGCUGCCCUCUGCCCAGGAGAGUUUCCGCCAGAAACUGGCUGCUCUUGCUGGGGCAACAUCUGGCUGCCACCAGGGCCCUGGGCCCUUAAGAGAGUCCUUGCCCUCGGAGGAUGACAGUGAUCAAAGGUGCUCACCCUCGGGAGACAGUGAAGGUGGAGAAUACUGCUCCAUCCUGGACUGUUGUCCCGAGAGCACUGUCACCAAGGAUCAGACUGAAGGCUCCCGGGGCAGGCGUGGCACAGGGGACUGCUCGCCAACGUGCUGGGAGCAGCGGACAUGUGCGGGGCCCACUGAGGAGGAGAAGCAGGCUCCGAGCUUCCCCAGGGAGUGCUGUAGCCAGGGCACCACUGCCAACCUGCCCCGCCUGGGCCCCAAGAAGCCAUCCCUCACCUCAGAUGCUGCCACUUCUUCCGAUGGCCUCUCCUGUGGCAGUGGCAGCAGCGGGGCCAGCAGCCCUUUUGCCCCCCACCUUGAAAGCGAUUAUUGCUCCCUCAUGAAGGAACCUCUGCCAGGGAAGGAGCAGGACCCUGGCUGCCACGGGGUGACCUCUAGCAAGUGUCUUGGGCUGACUGGAGAGUCCCAGUCCCAGGCCCACCCCAAGGAGCCUGCACAGCCUGAACCCAUCUAUGCUGAGAGCACCAAGAGGAAGAAGGCAGUUCCAGCGCCCUCUAGGCCACAGGCCAAGGCAGAACAGGGAGCAGCUGCCCAGGGCAAGGGUCAGGUCUGGACAAGUAAGCCCUGGGCUCUGAAAACAGCAUCUGGCUGGAGCCAGGACAGCCCAGACCCAGCUCUCCAGGUGGCAGCCACCAUCACCGUCAUGGCAGCCCACCCAGAAGAGGACCAUCGGACCAUCUACCUGAGCAGCCCUGACUCUGCAGUGGGGGUGCAGUGGCCACGCGGACCUGUGAGCCAGGACCCUGAAGCAGGCCAAGAGGAAACUUCGACUGGGCAAGUGUUGAGCUCCAGGAACAGCCAUGCUCACCAUGCAAUCGAGAACACACCCAAGGGGAAGCCCGCCAUUCCUCCUAAACUGUCCAAAAGUAGCCCCGGAGGGUCCCCGGUAUCACCAUCCGCCUUUCCAUUGACUGAUCUUAGUGAGGGGAGCUCUGGCGGUGGCAGUGGCAGUGGGCUCCCACCUGCAUCCAGGGGCCCCACUGACCCUGUUUCUUCUUGCCGGACCAAUGGUAUCACUGCUAGCGACCCUGCCCGGUGUCCCCCACCUGCUGCCACCUCCUCAGCCUCAGACCAGAGGCGGCCCAGGUUCCAGACCAGCACCUGGAGUCGUCAGUGCCGGAUCGAGGAAGAGGAGGAGGUAGAGCAGGAAUUGCUGAGUCAAAGCUGGGGAAGAGAGAUGAAAAAUGGCCCCACAGAUCAUUCAAACUCCACGACCUGGCACCGCCUCCACUACCCUGCAGAGGGCUCCUCUGGGCAAAACAGUAAAGUCGGGACUGGCAUGAGCAAAUCGGCCUCUUUUGCUUUUGAGUUCCCCAAGGACAGAAGUAGAAUUGAGACAUUCUCACCUCCUCCCCCACCUCCAAAGUCAAGGCAUCUUUUAAAAAUGAACAAGAGCAGCUCUGAUUUGGAACAAGUGAGCCAGGGCUCUGCAGAGAGCCUCAGCCCAUCCUUCAGGGGUGUCCACGUCAGCUUCACCACCGGCUCCACGGACAGCCUGGCCUCAGACUCCAGGACCUGCAGCGAUGGAGGUCCAUCCUACGAGCCGGCUCACUCGCCCACCAAUGGUGGGAAGAAGCUCUUUGCUCUGGUUCCAUUUACUUCAGGCUCCACCGAGGAUGUGUCCCCCAGUGGCCCCGUGAAGCCCCCUCCACUCCCCCAGAAAAAGAUAGUGAGCCGGGCAGCCUCUUCCCCAGAUGGCUUCUUCUGGACCCAAGGCUCCCCCAAGCCCCGAACAACAAGCCCCAGGCUGAACCUAAGCCACUCAGAAACCAACGUCCACGACGAGUCUCACUUUAGCUGUUCCCUGAGCUCCGGGAGCCGCCACCAUCAUACCUUCUCCUCUUCUGAGCCCCUGGAGAAAGCCUUCAAAGGCAAUGGCCACUGGGUCCCAGCAGCAGGGCUGGUGGGCAGCCGAAGCGGCUGUGGGAGCCCCAGCCUCCAGUGCAAAGGGGCCCCCUCCGCCUCAUCCUCCCAGCUGAGCGUAUCCAGCCAGACCUCCACCGGCAGCACCCAGCUUCAGCUCCACAGUCUCCUGAGCAGCAUCAGCAGCAAGGAGGGCACCUACGCCAAGCUCGGGGGGCUCUACACCCAGUCCCUGGCCCGCCUCGUAGCCAAGUGUGAGGACCUCUUUAUGGGUGGCCAGAAGAAGGAGCUCCACUUCAAUGAGAAUAACUGGUCGCUCUUCAAGCUGACUUGUAACAAGCCCUGCUGUGACUCGGGGGAUGCCAUUUAUUACUGUGCCACCUGCUCCGAGGACCCUGGUAGCACCUAUGCUGUGAAAAUCUGCAAAACCCCUGAGCCCAAAACGGCCUCGUACUGCAGCCCUUCUGUGCCCGUGCACUUCAACAUCCAGCAGGACUGCGGCCACUUUGUCGCCUCGGUGCCCUCCAGCAUGCUCGCCUCUCCGGAUGCGCCCAAGGACCCCGCGCCCGCCUUGCCCUCGCAUCCCCCUGCCCAGGAGCAGGACUGCGUGGUGGUCAUCACCCGCGAGGUGCCCCGCCAGACCGCCUCCGACUUCGUGCGGGACUGGGCCGCCAGCCACCAGGCGGAGCCCGAGGCUUACGAGCGGCGCGUGUGCUUCCUGCUGCUGCAGCUCUGCAACGGCCUGGAGCACCUGAAGGAGCACGGGAUCAUCCACCGAGACCUGUGCCUGGAGAACCUGCUGCUGGUGCACUGCAGCCCCCAGGCCGCCCCCGGCCCGUGCCCAGCCGCCCCCGCCCCUGCCGCCACCCUCCCUGCCAGUGGCGCCCCCGGCCCGCCUGCCGGCCCCCCCUGCCCGGAGGGGCCCGGGGACAAGCAGCUGCCUCGCCUCAUCAUCAGCAACUUCCUGAAGGCCAAGCAGAAGCCGGGCGGCACCAGCAACCUGCAGCAGAAGAAGAGCCAGGCCCGGCUGGCGCCCGAGAUCGUGUCCGCCUCCCAGUACCGCAAGUUCGACGAGUUCCAGACGGGCAUCCUCAUCUACGAGCUGCUGCACCAGCCCAACCCGUUCGAGGUGCGCACGCAGCUGCGGGAGCGGGACUACAGGCAGGAGGACCUGCCCCCGCUGCCGGCGCUGUCCCUCUACUCGCCGGGCCUGCAGCAGCUGGCCCACCUGCUGCUGGAGGCCGACCCCAUCAAGCGCAUCCGCAUCGGCGAGGCCAAGCGCGUGCUGCAGUGCCUGCUCUGGGGGCCCCGGCGCGAGCUGGUGGGGCAGCCGGGCGCCUCGGAGGAGGCGCUGUGCGGCACGCUGCACAACUGGAUCGACAUGAAGCGGGCGCUGAUGAUGAUGAAGUUCGCGGAGAAGGCGGUGGACCGCAGGCGCGGCGUGGAGCUGGAGGACUGGCUGUGCUGCCAGUACCUGGCGUCCGCGGAGCCCGGGGCGCUCUUGCAGUCGCUGAAGCUUUUGCAGCUUCUGUGGUCUCCAUUUGUAUGGAACAGAGACCUGGCUGAAACAGAAUCCAUCCCAGAUGGUUCAAAUGAAAAACACCUAAGGGGACCACUUAGCGAGGUGUGGGCAGGUUUAAGCGAACGAGGGCUAAUGAGGCAGAAGCUAGGUUCAGAACCUACAGGAGGUACCUGCACUGAGGUCUCUUCAGCCAGAGGUGGCUCUCUCAGUUUCCCACAGUCACCUUGA